AUGGUGGCCCCGAUGUACGGCUCCCCCGGCGGCCGCCUGGCCCGGGCGCUGACGCGGGCCCUGGCGCUGGCCCUGGUGCUGGCCCUGCUGGUCGGGCUGUUCCUGAGCGGCCUGACGGGCGCGAUCCCGAUCUCGGGGCGCCAGUGGGGGCCCGACGGGCCGGUCCCACCCGCCUCCCGCAGCCGCUCGGUGCUCCUGGACGCCGAGACCGGCCAGCUCCGACUGGUGGAUGGCCGCCACCCUGACGCGGUGGCCUGGGCCAACCUCACCAACGCCAUCCGCGAGACCGGAUGGGCCUUUCUGGAGCUGCGCACGAACGGCCGCUAUAACGACAGCCUGCAGGCCUACGCGGCGGGCGUGGUGGAGGCCGCCGUGUCUGAGGAGCUCAUCUAUAUGCACUGGGUGAACACGGUGGUGAAUUACUGUGGCCCCUUCGAGUACGAAGUCGGUUACUGCGAGAAGCUCAAGAACUUCCUGGAGACCAACCUGGAGUGGAUGCAGGAGCAGAUGCAGCGGAACAAGGGCUCUGCUUAUUGGCAUCAGGUGCGGCUGACCCUCCUGCAGCUGAAGGGUCUGGAGGACAGCUAUGAAAGCAGUGUGACCUUUCCGACUGGGAGGUUCACCAUCAAACCCUUGGGGUUCCUCCUGUUGCAGCUUGCUGGGGACCUGGGAGACCUAGAGCCAGCCCUGAACAAGACCAAGAGCAAGCACGUCAUGGGCUCUGGUUCGUGCUCCGCCCUCAUCAAGCUGUUGCCUGGCCAGAGUGACCUCCUGAUCGCCCACAACACCUGGAGCUCCUACCAGAACAUGCUGCGCAUCAUCAAGAAGUAUUGGUUCCAGUUCCGGGAAGACCCCCAAGGUGCCACUCGUGCCACGGGGAGCUGCCAGUGGAAGGAGAUGCGAGUGUCAGUUCGGUGGAGAGCUCCCCUGCCCCGAGAGCGGAAACCGCCCUCCGGGGCUUUCCGGGCCACGCCGGUCCGAGUUCUGGCAGUGGCUUUGGGUGCUAAGAGCAGUAGAGCGAGGGACAAGGAAGGGACGGGGUGGGAGGAGCGGAAGAAGGCGUUCCCACCCGGGCGUUGCUAUCACGGAUUGAACCGCAAGGCAGGUGUAGAAAUGGGAUGCCGUCUCUCUGGGGAAAGAUUUGACCGACUGGGUCGGGAGAGCGGGUCCACAGGAGCAGCACCGUGGGCUCUGUCGGGGGCUGUUCUCCGGGACAAAGCUGGAUGCGUGAUCGUGAAGCCCCCUCGGCGCUCAGCCAAGGAACCAGUGACACUGGAGACCACCAUCGGCAACAGGAACCCGGCCCUGUGGAAGUACGUGCAGCCCAAGGACUCUGUGCUGGAGUGGGUCCGCAAUGUCGUGGCCAACCGCUUGGCCCUGGACGGGGACGCCUGGGCGGACAUCUUCCAGAAGUUCAACAGUGGCACGUACAACAACCAGUGGAUGAUCGUGGACUACAAGGCGUUUGUCCCCGGCGGGCCCAGCCCUCGGAGCAGGGUGCUCACCGUCCUGGAGCAGAUCCCGGGCAUGGUGGUGGUGGCCGAUAAGACCUCGGAACUCUACCAGAAGACCUACUGGGCCAGCUACAACAUCCCGUACAACGACUUCCUGCACGACCCACUGUCACUGUGCAAAGCGUGCAGCCCGCAGGCCAACGCAGAGAAUGCCAUCUCGGCCCGCUCCGACCUGAACCCGGCCAACGGCUCCUACCCUUUCCAGGCCCUGCAGCAGCGCUCCCACGGGGGCAUAGAUGUGAAGGUGACCAGCAUGGCCCUGGCCAAGGCCUUUCAGCUUGUGGCGGCCAGUGGCCCCACGUGGGACCAGCUGCCCCCGUUCCAGUGGAGCGCCUCGCCCUUCAGCGGCCUACUGCACAUGGGCCAGCCCGACCUCUGGAAGUUCUCGCCCAUCGAGGUGCGGUGGGACUGA